AUGCCCGCCCAUAUCGAAGAAAUCAAAGACACUGAUGAUGUAGAACAUCAAAAGGAGGAAGAAGAUAACUCGGACGACGGUGGUGCAGAACCAGGAGAAAACGUAGGCGCUGCCGAACCGUCAUCCAGCACUACAGUCUCGAAAAGCAAAAAAUCAAAGAAGAAGAAGAAAUCCAAGACGGACAAAGCUGGUAAGGACAUACCUCAGGAGGUCGUCGAUCACGUCGUCAGUGAGAUCAGGCAGAAGCAUGGAGCAGCUGAAGCAGAAAAGAUUGACGAGGCUCAAAUUCGUGCGACGCUCGAUCAGCUCAAGAUUCUCGAGGUACUCAAGGGAAAGACUGGCAUUGGAGGCAAGAACCGAAAGGAAAUGGGCGAGCACAAGUUUUGGGCGACACAGCCUGUCCCUCAGUUUGGUGAAGGCGUUCCCCAACAAGAUGGGCCGAUAGAACCCUCGAAACCGGCUUCCGAGGUGCGACAAGCUCCUUAUCCUCUCCCAAAGGACUUCGAAUGGGCACUCGUUGACAUCACAGACGAUGCCGAGCUCAAGGAGCUUUACGAGCUCCUGAGCGCUAACUAUGUGGAGGACGAUGACGCCUCCUUUCGUUUCAAAUACUCAGCCGAGUUUCUUCGGUGGGCCCUCAUGCCACCGGGCUGGCAUCCAGAAUGGCACGUUGGUGUCCGCGUUGCCCCUAAGAAAUCGGAAGUGACCCAGGGCACCUCGCAAAAAGGUCGUUUAGUGGCCUUCAUUAGUGCGGUGCCCGUGACGCUCCGAGUACGGAAUAGUCAAUUCGAUGCAUCGGAAGUCAAUUUCCUCUGUGUUCACAAAAAGCUACGGUCUAAGAGGCUUGCCCCGGUGCUAAUCAAGGAGGUGACGCGACAGUGUCAUCUAAGGGCAUAUUUCAAGCCAUAUACACUGCGGGAGUUGUUAUACCGACCCCCGUUAGCACCUGUCGGUCAGUUUGCUGGUGGACAAGCUACACACCUUCUAAUGUGUGGCAGUUAUUUCCAUCGCUUGUUGAAUGUGCAGAAGCUCGUCGAUAUCAAGUUCACGACUGUACCUCGAGGCUCGACCAUGGCGAGGAUGAUCAGGCAGUUUCAUCUCCCGUCGACACCCAGACUCAUGAACUCGGAGCAGGCGGCAAUCUUUGGCAAUAACGAUGGGAAGGGAAAGUCUGCUGAACUCCCGACGCAUGGGCUCAGGGAGAUGGAAGACCGCGAUGUACCAGCCGUGACAAGGCUAUGGGAGCGAUACAUGAAGCGCUUUGGCAUGGUCCCUGGACCAAUCACCAACGGCAGACGCGAAGGCCAAGUGGUAUGGAGCUUUGUGUACGAGGACCCGACGAGCGGCGAAGUCACUGACUACUUCUCCUUUUACACCCUCCCUUCUACGGUGAUGCAAGCUAAUGAGAAGCACUCCCAGCUGGAUGCGGCCUACUUGUUCUACUACGCCUCGGAUGUCGCACUGAGCACGAGCGACGACUCGAGACUGCGGAAGCGCCUUGAAGAGCUCAUCACUGAUGCGAUGAUCGUCGCUGUACAGGCCAAGUUUGACGUCUUCAACGCGUUGACACUGAUGGACAAUCCCCUGUUCCUCGCAGAUCUCAAGUUUGGAUCAGGCGACGGUCUGUUGAACUUUUAUCUUUACAACUGGAGGACACCGCCUCUGGCAGGAAUCGAGUCUGUCGACGGAGUACCAAUAGGCCGGGGUGUUGGCGUAGUAAUGCUAUGA